AACGCAAACAACACAACAGAAGAGAGGGAAGGAAGGAAAGGAAGGGGAGGGAGUUGGUUUUUACUGCGACCGCACAAAAGAAAUGGAGAGGAGAGGGGAAUUGACGGCGUUAACAAACGGCAACUCCUAACCACUUUCUCACUCUCUCUCCUCCCCCCGAUCUAUCUCGCUCGUGUUUGUAGGCAGAAACUUCUUCUUCUUCUCCUCCUCCUCCUCCUCCUCCUCCUUCCUUCCUUCCUUCUCACACCUAAAUUUCAUUUUUCUUUCUCUCUCUCCCUUCUCCUUGUUUCCUCCUCCAUCUCCCCCCUUCUCUCAGGCGAGGGCUCCGAAUCUCGCCGGAGAAUUUCUUCCCUAUUCUUCCAUUUACCCCUAAGGCUCUCCUCCUGCGCUUCACCCCGAGCUCUGGAGGAACAUACAGAUUUCCGCCAUACGCCAACAAUUGCAGCAACCAGACCUUCAACAAUGCCCGCUUAGUAUAUUUAUUUAUACAUAUAUUUAUCGAACAUGAAGGGGCUGGAGGUGCUGGACCUAACGUGCAAUGCAGGAAAUUUAAGCAUCAAACCCUUUGGAGGAUCUUGCACGCCACAGAUGCUUACAUGAUUCCUUCUUCAACCUCCCAUGCCUUAUGCCAUUUUUGUAGGCUCGAGGGAAGCUUUUGAAUUGCCUUCUGGAGGAGUGGGCUUGCAGUUUUUGGCGUCCUUUUUUAUGGAGCUUCUUUGAGUUGGUUUAUUUUUUUUAAUCUUUUGGGAUUUGUUCUUUUUCGGUUCCAUCAUGCCGUCUGAAGUAUUGGACCUUAAGGGUUUGUCUUCAUCUUCCUUCUUCUCCGACGAUUUACAUCAUUCAGAUGAGGGGCAGGUUGGAGUUUGGACGUCGGCUGGUGUGCCAAAUCACCGUGCCAGUAACAUUUCAGGUGCUUCAUCAUCUGUGGAAAAACUUUCAAUAGGCGAGUGCCUGACAGGGAACUCACUGGAAAAUCACGAUUCAUUUCCUGUGAGAGACCAGAAUGCAAGUCUUAUCUUGAAUAGACAUGCUGUUGGAGCUGAAAGAACAUCCAAUUAUUUUGCUCGUAGUAAUGAAGUCAAUAUGAUGAAUUCUCAGUAUGAGAGUAGUCUCUUCUCGAGUUCUUUAUCAGAUAUAUUUACUAGGAAGUUGCGAUUUUCUCCAAGCAAUGCACUAUAUGGCCAUUCUGUUGACACUGUUGCAUCUCACUUUGAGGAGGAGGAGGUUUUUGAGUCACUUGAAGAAUUGGAGGCCCAAACCAUUGGAAACCUCCUCCCUGAUGAUGACGACUUACUUGCUGGAGUAACUGAUGGGCUUGAUUGUUUGGUUGAAACAACCGGCGAGGAUGAUGCUGAGGACUUGGAUUUCUUUAGCAAUGUUGGAGGGAUGGAUUUGGGCGAUGAUGGCAUAUCUGUUGGACAGAAGAAUUCUGAAUCUCCUGGAGGUAUUUUUAACAAUUUGCCAGGGAUGUUUAACAGUGCUAUGGCUGGAGAGCAUCCUUUAGGUGAACAUCCUUCCAGGACACUGUUUGUGAGAAAUAUAAAUAGCAAUGUUGAAGAUUCUGAAUUGAAGGUUCUUUUUGAGCAAUAUGGAGACAUUCGCACUCUCUAUACAGCCUGCAAACAUCGAGGGUUUGUGAUGAUAUCCUAUUAUGAUAUUAGAGCUGCCCGGAAUGCAAUGAAAGCACUCCAGAAUAAACCAUUGCGACGAAGGAAGCUUGACAUACAUUAUUCUAUACCGAAGGACAACCCCUCUGAAAAAGAUAUCAACCAAGGAACUCUUGUUGUUUUUAACCUUGAGUCUUCUGUUUCAAAUGAAGAACUUCGUCAAAUAUUUGGUGUCUAUGGAGAAAUCAAGGAGAUUCGUGAAGCCCCCCUCAGAAGUCAUCAUAAAUUCAUUGAAUUUUAUGAUAUCCGAGCUGCAGAGGCUGCUCUUUGUGCAUUAAACCUGAGUGAUAUAGCAGGGAAGCAGAUAAAGCUUGAGCCAAGUCGUCCUGGUGGCGUGAGACGCAGUUUGGUGCAACAAUUACAUCCACAAUUGGAGCGGGAAGAUAUUGGUCUCUAUUUGCAACAGGGUAGCCCACCCAUUAACAGUAGUGCCGGCUUCUCUGGCUUAGUUCCUGGUGGGACUAUCAAGUCUAGCAGCAUGAGUAAUGGAUCUGUUAUUGGAGUACACUCUAUGAUGCGAGCUCCAUCUCUGGAGACUGUGUUGCAUCAUGGGAUAUCUUCUAGCGUUCCAAGUAGCUUACCUUCUGUGAUGAGAUCUGAAUCAAUUGGCAACCAAUCUGGCUUCAUUGACUCUGGUCAUUCACCUUCACAACUAAAGCUGGGUAUCCGGGCAGCUUCGGCUAUUCAUCCUCAUUCCCUUCCAGAACAUCCUGAUGGGUUGAACAACAAUAUUCACUGCAAUUCUAUGAAUGCAAUUGCAGGAAACAUCAGUCUACGACCACCAGAAAGAGCUGAUAGCAGGCAGCUAUGUGGAGUGAACUUUAAUGGUCGCUCAAUUGAAUUAAAUGAAGAUGUUUUUGCAUCUGGUGGUAACAGAGCUGGCCCCAUUCCGGGACCGCAUUAUACAUGGGGUAAUUCCUACCGGCCGCAGCCUCCAGCUCCAGGUGUUGUAUGGCCAAAUUCUCCAUCUUAUAUGAAUGGAAUUUCUGCUGCUCAUACCCCGACCCAAGUCCAUGGAGUUCCAAGAGCAGCAUCUCAUUUGAUGCACACAGUUCUGCCCAUGAAUAAUCACCAUGUUGGAUCAGCACCAGCAGUUAAUCCUUCUAUUUGGGAUAGGCAGCAUGCUUAUGCUGGGGAAUUGUCAAAAGCCUCUGGUUUUCAUUCAGGCUCUAUUGGGAAUAUGAAUCUGCCUAACAAUUCACCACAAUCUAUGGAAUUUUUCUCUCGCAUCUUCCCACAAGUUGGUGGAAAUUCUGUUGAGCUUCCUAUCCCCCAACGAAAUGUAGGACUACAAUCCCAUCAUCAGCGGUGCAUGGUUUUUCCUGGACGAGGCCAAGUUCUUCCAAUGAUGAAUUCGUUUGACUCUUCAAACGAACGUGGUAGAAGCCGAAGAACUGAAGCUGCCUCUAAUCAAGCAGAUAAGAAGCAAUAUGAACUUGAUAUUGAUCGCAUACUGAGGGGUGAAGACAAUCGUACUACACUUAUGAUAAAGAACAUUCCUAACAAAUAUACUUCAAAGAUGCUUUUGGCUGCAAUUGAUGAACGCCAUCGAGGAACUUAUGACUUCAUCUAUCUGCCCAUUGACUUUAAGAACAAAUGUAAUGUGGGAUAUGCGUUCAUUAACAUGACUGAUCCUAGCCUAAUCAUUCCAUUCUAUGAGGCAUUUAAUGGAAAAAAAUGGGAGAAAUUCAAUAGUGAGAAGGUGGCAUCACUUGCAUAUGCUCGCAUACAGGGAAAAGCUGCUCUCAUAGCUCAUUUCCAGAAUUCAAGCUUAAUGAAUGAGGAUAAGCGAUGUCGGCCAAUCCUUUUCAACACUGAUGGCCCCAAUGCAGGCGAUCAGGUUCCGUUUCCAAUGGGGGUAAAUGUUCGUACUAGGCCUGGAAAAGCCCGAAGCAGUACCCAGGAGGAAAACCAUGAUGAAGCUCUAGUAAUUUCUGAAAACGAUGAGAAUUAUUCCAGUGGAGACGCAUCUUCUUCAUGUCCUGCCAAGGAUUUGGACCAGCCAGUACCAUAAUUUUUGUGUUCACUAACCUUGAGGACGGUGUAACUUAAAAACUGCAUCCACCAAAGUUUGACUUAAUUUUUUUAGUGGCUGAAGGUAGGGAAAUUCGCUGCAGUUCGUGGCAUUAGAGAAAGGAAUGCUUAGCCAAUGCUAAGUCGUCUCCCCACCCCCUCUUCAAAGGGAAGAAAAAGAAGGAAAAAAAAAAGAAGAAAAAAAGGAG